UUAGCUGGAGAAUUUCCUGCUCGAGUGGCUGGGACAAUUAACCACAUCAGCUGCUACCAAUCCCGCCUUGUCUCCUCUCUGUGCCCUUGGCUAAUUCUUCCGGCGCCUGGGUCAGGUCGAGCUCGGGUCGCCGCACCGCGACGCAUUGUGGCCCUUCGCCUCUCUCCGUCUCUCGCUCAGCUCGCGACUUCGCCAACUCGUCUCUCGAGCGCCGCUCUGCCGAACACCGCCGAUUCCUGCCCCGGCGAACCCAGAUCUUGCACAGCCGUUGAUGGCCUCCGCGAAGUAGACUCCUCCCGGUGCUGCCGAUGCGCUGCCGCCCCUCGUCAUCGCCGUACGAUAGACGCCCCGACCAGACGCACUUUCGACCGGCUCCCCCCCUAUCAAGGCUCCAACCCUAGCACUCCCCGGUGUCGAUGGUGACGCGUCUGCCAUGAGGCGCGCUGCGCUCGAGAGUUCCGAUAUCCGACAGUUUAUAGCGGUUUGAGCCGGAGGGAAUACCGGGCGUGUUAGUCCUCUUCUUCAACUAUGAUGACGGCGGUUCAGCAGAUACAGCCGGCCCCUACCUCAGCCCGGCCGCUCGGCAGCAAUGGCGUACCCUUAUCGAUGACGACGACGACUACGGCGGCAGACGCCUGCACCGGGCUGCAGACCGGCGACGCGCGGACGGUUGUCAUCAUCUACGGCUCCGGACAGGAGAAGAUAGUGUCGCUCUUCGCCGACGUCCUGGGGAAACCCCAUCGGAUGGCUGACAGCUUCCAGGGCAUAACAUCGGCGGAACAGGAAUUAGUGCUGGGGAUACCGUUGAAGAGCGCAAAGAUGGACAUCGCCUCGCGCAACCGGGAUGCCGUCGUGGCGAUCAACGCCCAUUGCGUGAACCUAGGGAUGCCGCCCGACGUCUACAUAUCGGCGCAGUGCGAUUACGAGUUUUUGUAUCCCGAAACGUCCUUCUCCCGCCGCGACCUUGCUAGGUUCAUCUCCUUUACCCUCGGUCAGAUCAACCACCACGAGACUCUCAUAGCGAAACCGCGAACCUACAUCAUCUCGACGACGUUUCCCGACGUCCGGGCCGCUCUCCCGAAUAUAGAUAUCCUUGCUGUCGGUGCUGAUGCCGUAGAAUUACGUAUCGAUCUGCUCAAGGAGCCCCUAACCGACGGCACUUUUGCGCCGAUACCCAGCCUUAGCUACGUGGGCGAGCAGGUAAUGCUGCUCCGCCAUGGGACCGAACUACCGAUUAUCGCCACGACGAGGUGCGCGAGCGAGAACGGGCGCUUCCCCAUGGACGAUCCGAAUCUAUUCUACGAGUACCUCUCCCGAGCGAUCCAGUGGGGCGUCGAAUAUAUCGAUGUCGAACUUUGGCUACCCGAGCACAUCCGUCGAAAGCUGCACGAGAAACGCGGGAACAGUCGCAUUAUGUCUGCCUUCCACGACUUCUCUGGCACCUUCAAGUGGCCUUCACCGCAAGCCGAGGCCGUUUUUCUCGAGUCUCGAAGAUACGCCGACAUCGUGAAGAUGAUAGCGAUCACGACCGAGCACAAGGAGAACUUCGAAUUGGAAUACUUCCGCUCCAGGAUUCGAAGCGAAUACCCAGACGCACCCCCUAUAUCCGCCGUUAACAUGGGCGAGGCCGGCCAAUUCUCGCGAGCCCUCAACACGUUUUUCACGCCGAUCACCCACCCGCUUCUCCCGAUCAUCGCCGCGCCAGGGCAAAUGAGCGCUGCCGAGAUCAACGCUGCUCUGUCACUGCUCGGGCAGCUCCCGAAGAAGAGUAUCUACGGAAUCACGAGCCCAUUUUCUCGCACCACGACGCCCUACGCCCCUUUUUACGAGAAAUGCUUCAACGAGCUCGGAUUGCCGCACCACUUCGCCGUUGUCGAGAGGCAACGCAAAGGUCCCGACUGCGUAGAAGCGCUGUGCGACCAAAGAUCAUUUGGCGGAGCGUAUCUCAACCCGCCCGUAUCGCUAACCAGUCUCUUGCACAAUAGCUCCUUCUUCGCGAGGCUCAACAACGGGUCUGGCCCGAUACUUACCGAGGCGGUUCGCGUAAUCGGCAUGGUGGAUGCCAUCGUUGUUCAACCUGGAUCGUCGUCGUCGUCGUCGUCGUCGUCUUCAGCACCUCAUACGACUAGCUCGAGCCCUAGCCAACAUGUGGACGGGCCUAUCGGUUCCGGAAUCCGUAAAGGCAGCGGACUGCCGCUAGGCUCCUCGCUGAUUUUCGACAACGCAAGUUGGCGCGGCAUAGUUAGCACCUUGACCCGCGACCUGGCGCCCUCAGCCUACUCUGGGCGUGCGGCCGUCGUUUUGGCUACAAACGCGGACGAUGCGGCGUCAGCGAUGUACGCGUUGAAGGCGCUCCGCAUCGGCAAGGUGUACACCGUGGGCUUCAAGACGCCGCCGAGCCUGGCCCGCGGCCUCGAAGUCGAGCCCUUCAACAGCCUAGAGAGCUUGCAGCGAGCUAGGAUGGUGCGCGACAAGGCUAGCCCGUUCGUGAUAAUCUCGGCCCUAGGUCCAGACAAAGCGAACAUCGUCGGGAUGCUCGUGCGCGCAUUCGGCGGCUCGAGAGGCUCGUCGACGCAGAUACGCAAGGUCUUCCUCGACCUUGCCGACGGGCCGAGAAAGGGCGACCCGAGCGCGGUCGCGGAACAGAGCGGCUUCGCCGCCUAUGGUGUGGCAGACACGACGGCAUUCACCACGGUAGAGACGCUGCGGCUGCUUGUCGGCCAGAACGUGCCGUACAACUUCGUGCGGCUAGCCCGCGGCCACGGGAUGUUUUAG